AUGGCGAACGAACCGCUUGUCAGUCAUAUCUUCACGGCAGAUCCGUCUGCGCAUGUUUUCGAGGGGAAAAUAUACGUCUAUCCUUCUCACGAUCGAAAGACCGACAUCAAAGACAACGAUAAUGGCGACCAAUAUGAUAUGAACGAUUAUCAUGUUCUCUCCCUCGAGUCAAUUGGCAGACCAGUCACAGAUCAUGGCGUGGCGUUGAAGGCAGAAGACAUUCCUUGGGUAUCGAAACAGUUGUGGGCUCCAGAUGCUGCAUUCAAGAACGGGAAAUACUACUUGUUCUUUCCAGCCCGCGACAAGGAAGGCAUUUUCCGAAUUGGUGUUGCCAUCGGUGAUUCUCCUCAAGGCCCAUUCAAGCCCGAAGCGGAAUCAAUUGCUGGAAGUUAUAGCGUAGAUCCCGCCAGUUUUGUCGACGAAGAUGGAAAGGCAUAUCUUUACUUUGGAGGGAUAUGGGGUGGACAGCUUCAGUGCUGGCAGAGUGGAAAGUUUGAUCGGGAGGCAUACUCGUCAAUGGAGCCACAAUUCGGGCCUGCAUUAUCUCCUCGGGUUGCUCAAUUGAGCGACGAUAUGCUUUCUUUCUCCACCGACAUCAAGGAAGUAGAGAUUCUGGAUGUUGAUGGAAAGCUCUUGAGCUCGGAUGACCACGAACGACGAUUCUUUGAGGCGGCUUGGAUGCAUAAAUACAAAGGGAAAUACUACUUCUCAUAUUCAACUGGAGAUACCCAUUUCUUGGUGUAUGCCAUCGGAGACACUCCAUACGGACCAUUCACAUACCAAGGGCGGAUUUUGAAUCCAGUUGAGGGAUGGACUACACAUCAUUCCAUUUGUGAGUUCAAGGAUAAGUGGUACUUGUUCUACCAUGACACAUCGCUUUCUGGAAAGAAUCAUUUGCGUAGCGUCAAGGCGAAAGAGAUAUUUUAUGAUGACGAGGGAAAGAUCAAGCUAGCUACUUGA